AGCUACUAUAGUUAUUAUUAUAUGAGAAAAUCAGAUUAUGUUGGCAUAAACAUCGUUUUCAGAGGAUAAAAGACACAUAGUAAAAGAAUAUAGAAUCUUUUCUGUUGCUGUCACAGUUUUCUAUUGUUUCGAGCUGUAUUCUGCUUAAAACUACUACCACACUUGUCUGUUUUCUUUGACGAGUUCCUAUUUUCUGACCAUUAUUUUCACCUCUGCGUUUUUUUUUUGUGAAACUCAUUAUUGGUUGCUGUCCUGUCACUACCUCAUUUUCAUAAUUUUGAACUGUGUGUUUUCCUGGAUCUUUUCAAACUAAAUAGAAGUAUGGCCACAGCCAACUCUAACCUUUCAAGUCUGAUGGAGAAAUUGAAAACUGAGGAGGAUGUGGUUUCUUAUUUACAAGAAAAGGGUAUUAUCCCUAAAAGGAAAUUAUGUGCAAACAAACACUAUAUGAGGAAAAAGAUGGUUCAUGGGAAGGUUUAUUGGCGAUGCUCCCAAAAAGGAUGCUGUGUGUGUAUUUCUGUCAGAAGAGGUACAUGGUUGGAAGGAAGGACUCUUCCUCUUAGGACUGUAGUGCUUUUCCUUUACUCAUGGUCCAAGGAAUUGACUUCAGUCCAUUUUUGUGUUGAAGAACUGGGGAUGAAGCACAGCACAAUUGUUGAUUACAACAGCUAUGUUCGUGAAAUAUGUGCAGAGGACUUGCUUCGCCACCCAGUUCAGAUAGGUGGUCCUGGGAAGACUGUUGACUUAGACAAAAUAGUCUUCUCAAGAGGUAAAUGUAACCGAAGAAGUUUGCUACCUGAGCAGUGGGUAUUCGGAGGAGUGUGUCGCGAGACCAAGGAUGUUUUCCUUUAUGCGGCAUCAUGUCUGAAUCGCGACACACUAGAGGAAUGCAUACGUCAGUCAAUUCUUCCAGGAACCACAAUUUUCAGUGACAUUUGGGAAUCCUAUUCUCCCAUUCUUAAAAUUGAUGAUUAUGCGUUGCGUUAUAGAACAGUGAACCACAGUGUGGAGUUUGUUAACUCAGAAGGUAGUACCCAUAUGAAACUAGUGGAAAACACAAGAAUCCCUUUAAAACGAGGGAGAAAACAACGCUGUGGAACCAAAAGUUCUACCAUUGACUUGUAUCUCUGCGAGUUUAUGUGGCGCAAGAGAUAUGAGAAUUGUAAUUUGUUUGAGAAACUCCUCGAGUGUAUUUCAAGCUUUUGUUUUUGAAUUUUCUCGAGUAAAAUGUAUUGCUUUUC